GUUACCAAUAAUGUUUAAUCUGUGGAGUAUGUAACCGAGGAGGUUCUUUCUACCUGAAUUACUUUGAUAUAUUGUGUUGAUACCUGUAUUUGAUUAGUUUAAUCAGAACGUAACAUAAGUAACAAAUUGUAAUGUCUUUCUGAAUAUCAAUCUGGUUCCAUGGCAUGUAUUUGAAGCUAUCCAAAUUGGCAUACAUAUGUCGUACAACUAGGAUGGUUAUGGUAAAGUUAAAUCAUGGAUUAAUAAUGUACCUUUGCUCAGCAGAAGAGUUCAGAUAUCCAUUAAUUCGUCUUUGUGACCAUCAAUGGAUGAAGCAAAGUUUAAGAUUAUAGAACAUACUUCUGUCACUAAUGAGUGGAUGAGUAUAAGUAUAAUAUGUACAAUAAACAUACUGACCAAUAUAUAUCAACUGUGCCCGAUUUUCAGACACUUUAGACAUAUAUGUAUCAGUAAAUCAGGACACAUAAUGAUUCCAAAAAUAGCCAUGCAUAUGUAGUUCAUUCACCCUACGAGUGAUAUGUGCGUAGGUCUGGAUGACGGAUAACUGGGUGUUUAUCACUUAUGUUAGAGAUACGACUACAUACACUGUACAUCUAUCACAUGAUAUUAGGAUACAGAUCAUGUGGUAUUCACAAUCGACUGAUGGCAUGAUACUGGGGGAACAUGGAGUCUACACCGCUACUUGAAAACAAAGUUAAAAAAGACAAGUCAACACUUGGAAAUCUACUCAAGGCUAACGUUGUGUUUCUUGUUUUCCAUUUGGCUGUCAAUAUCCGUAAUCCACUGGUAACACAAUAUCUUUACAAGAGGUACUCCGAUGAGGUGUUCGAUAACAGCACAGGGUCUGCCAACACUCCAAAUCAAACCUGUUACGUUAACAAGUCGGAUCCAGGAUAUAUGUUACAGGAAAUAGUUCAAGAAAGGACAUCAAACUGUCAAACUAUACUCACAGUUAUUGGAAGCUCCUUAUCAGUAAUAAGCUGUCUGUUUCUAGGGGCAUAUUCUGAUUUUCUUGGUCGACGAUUCCUCUUUAUAGUACCAUUAAUUGGAGAGGUUCUAAGGUAUGUGUUUUUAACAGCUGUUAUUUACUGGAAUCUCGAUCUGAGAUACCUGUACAUUGGCGAGGCCUUAGAUGGUAUUUCAGGGGGAUACAAUGGUGUGAUUCUAGCUAGUUAUGCCUACACGGCUGACAACACACCACCUAAGAACUCUCGCACAAUAUGGAUCGCUGUGAUAGAUUUCACCACCUACCUGGCUGCUGCAGCUUCCUCAGUCAGUACUGGUUACUUCAUGAAAGACCUAGGUUAUCUCUACCCGUCGAUAACUACAACCUCACUCAUGCUUCUCUCUCUCCUCCUUGUUGUUCUUCUUCUCCCAGAAACUAUCCACACGGAUCGAAGAUCUCAAUACCCGACUCCAAUGAAAGCAGUGAAAAAUGUAUUUGGAUUCUACUUUUCAAAAGAUUUUGGACCAACGCGAAUCUAUUUCUGGCUUAUACUUGCAGCAUAUUUUAUAUCCUUUUUCGGUCAGGCUGGGGUGUACAUUGUGCAAUAUCUUUUCCAACUAAACCUGCCUUUCUGUUGGGGACCAGAGCUCAUUGGCUACUUUAAUAUGGCGUUCUGCCUCACCAUGCAAUUACUGGGGAUUCCAGUCAUCAAACUCCUCCAUCUGUGCACCUCAGACCCAGGAAUAUGUAUCAUAACAGGAGUCAUACAGGCAGGAGCCUUUGUCCUUGAGGGCCUGGCCACCACUGACUUCAUGCUUUUCUCAUUUGUUUUGCCCAAUGGUCUUGCAGCCCCUUUCUUGCCGACACUGAGGGCUAUCAUGUCGCGGAUGGCUCCUGCUGAAAUGCAGGGAUCACUGUUUGCCGGUAUUGGACUUGUGAACAUCAUCUCAUCAACUAUAGGCAUAACAGCUUUCAACGAGAUGUAUGAUGCCACUGUGAAGAUACUGCGUGGCUUCGCCUUUUUCGUCUGUGCGGGAUUCCAACUGUUGUCAGCAGCUAUCAUAGUAGUGUUCCUGUGUACAUCUCGUCGCGUGGUCGACACCAAAACCUCUGCUGUUGUUGUCAACAACGAACCAGACUGGAAACCUGGUCCCAUCAUCUCACAGGACAAGGCUGUCACCGAAAACACGACAUAGUGUCCUUUGUCAAAAACUGUUUAAGACGUAUAACAACUUCUUGUUAAAUAGCAGUCACUGUCACAACAUACAUAUGAUAAACUACCAUUGAUAUAAAUGCGUCAACGCGUCAAAAUAUUUUCAUUGUAUUUGCU